GCGGUAGGUUUCACCUGGUUCAGUUUGGGAGACUUUGACCGGGGUGAAUGCAUUUGCGUGGCCGAUCACCGUUGUCGCCCAGGCAGUUGCAAGUCCGAGUGUACUAUCCCACUUUUUACCGAAGACACACAGGCCUUUCUUCCUCGCCUGGAGAAGACGUGCUCUCCCCCUUGGUGCCUUCAAGUUCCUGGUCCCACUUGGCCUGCGGAAUCUGGCGACAUCCCGCUUGAUGAGGCAUGUCCUGCGAAUCAAAAUGGGGAUCAGAGCUGGAUGGGAGGCUUUCGAUGGGAGGUACGGGCCGGGUUGUUGGGAUGUAAGGUCAAGCACACCUGGUAAGUCUGGCAGAUAUUUAAGUCAUUUUUGACGAUGUUUUUGCUCUCGGCAUUGAUGUCUCAACUUGUGAUGUUGGCAGUUGUUCCAACCGCCAAAGGUGCGGUCUGUGUCGCCGUGACACAACAGGUGUCGCAUGGGCUGCAACUGCAGCAAGCAGCACCCUGUAGCAGCAUCAUGCUGUGAACCCAGUGAGUAUGGUGCAACAGUGGCAGGGGCCACAAACAGUGAUGGCCGCACUGCCCUGAUGUUUGCUGCUCUUGGUGGCCACGAGUCCGCAGCAAAGCUACUCUUAGAUCAUGGUGCUGAUGCCAGGGCUGCAAACAAUGUGGGCCAUACAGCGCUGAUCUUUGCUGCUUUGGGUGGCUGGGAGUCUGUGGCCAAGCUGCUACUGGAGCAUGGCGCUGAUGUCGGUGCUGUUGACCAUGGAGGCGGGACUGCACUGAUGGGGGCUGCUCAAGGAGGCCACGACUCAGUGGCGAAGUUGUUGUUGGAGUAUCGUGCUGAUGCUGGAGCUGCCAACAGCGAUGGUCACACUGCUUUGAUGUUUGCUGCUCAAGGUGGCUAUGUCUCUGUGGCGAAACUGCUGCUGGAGCACGGGGCCAGUGCAGGGGCUGCCAACAAGGUUGGUCACACCGCGCUCAUGGAAGCUGCGCUGGGAGGUCAUGAAUCUGUUGGGAAGCUGCUGCUAGAGCAUGGCUCGGAUGCGAAUGCUGCUGAUAACGAUGGCACCACUGCGCUGAUGUUUGCUGCUUUGGGUGGACAUUUAUCUGUGACAAAGGUGCUGGUGGAGCAUGGAGCCGAUGCAAAUGCUGCAGAUCAUGAUGGUUCCACAGCGCUAAUGUUUGCUGCUCUGAGCGGCCAUGUAUGUGUUGCAAAGCUACUUUUGGAAUCUCAAGCUGAUGCGGCGGCCACUAACGGAGAUCAACGCACUGCCUUGAUGUUUGCUGCUUUAAGUGGGCACGUGUCUGUGACAAAGUUGCUGUUGGAAUAUCGUGCAGAUGCUGGUGCCACCAACAGCGAUGGGCGCACUUCGCUGAUGUUUGCUGCCCUGGCUGGUCAUGAGUCGGCUGCGAAGCUGCUCCUAGAGCACCGUGCUGAUGCAGGAACGACCAGCAGAGAAGGACGCAGUGCGCUGAUGUUUGCCGCACUGGGGGGUCACGAAUCCACUGCCGAGUUGCUCCUGGAGCAUAGGGCAGAUGCAGGCUCCAGUAGCAGGGAUGGGCGCACUGCCCUGAUGUUUGCUGCUCUAAGUGGCCAUGUCUCUGUAGCAAAACUGCUGCUGGAGCAUGGUGCAGAUGCCGAGGCUGCAGACCAUGAUGGUGACACUGCGCUGAUGGGUGCCGCGGAAGGUGGCCAUGACUCGGUGGCGAAACUGCUGCUGGAGCAUGUGCCCAAAGCGAGCGGUGGCCAGGUGUCGGGAUGCCGGCAGCAAUGAUCGCCGACGCUGUUCCAAAA